AUGGCAUCGACUGUUUCAAAAGGCAACGACCGUGUACGAGACAGGCCCCGCGAUCCCCCGUACUCCUGCAAACACGGGCUGGCGCGAAUGCAUGAUAAUGGGCGGACACGGCCCCGUGCUACUGACGCGAAAGCGAGCAACACCAUGCAGACGUGUCGCGUGACGUACCGAUCUGCUGCAGUCGUUGUCCUCGGUCUCCUGUGGGUCGUCACGGCUGCCUUCACCUGCCCAGAGAAAUGUAGGUGUAACUCUUACAAGCGGGUUAACUGUCGGGGUAGGUGGCUCGAAGACGUCCCCGCCAACAUACCAUUGGAUACAACUGAUCUUUACCUGAGCUCUAACAGCAUACAGAAUCUGUCUGAUGUGGAUUUCGCCAACCUCACGCGUCUGGUGGUGCUUGGUCUGUCCAACAACUACAUCCGCGUUCUCCCUGCUGGAGUGUUCGCAAAUCUGACCAGUUUGGAAGAGCUUUCCCUGUCCAACAAUAACAUCUCGCGUCUCCCCGCUGGAGUUUCCUCAUCACAUCUCACCCGUCUGAAGCGGCUGGAUCUAUCUGGUAAUUUUAUAGUUGAUCUCUCAGAUGGAGUAUUCUCAAAUCUGACGAGUUUGGAAUGGCUUUCCCUGUCCAACAAUAACAUCUCGCGUCUCCCCGCUGGAGUUUUCUCACAUCUCCCCCGUCUGAAGACGCUGUAUCUAUCUAAUAAUCAUAUAGUUGAUCUAUCCGAUGGAGUAUUCUCAAAUCUGACCAGUUUGGUCAGGCUUUCCCUGUCCAACAAUAACAUCUCGCGUCUCCCCGCUGGAGUUUUCUCACAUCUCACCCGUCUGGAGUGGCUGUAUUUAGAUGAUAAUCAUAUAGUUGAUCUCUCAGAUGGAGUAUUCUCAAAUCUGACCAGUUUGGAAUGGCUUUCCCUGUCCAACAAUAACAUCUCGCGUCUCCCCGCUGGAGUUUUCUCACAUCUCCCCCGUCUGAAGUGGCUGCAUUUAUCUUAUAAUCAUAUAGUUGAUCUCUCAGAUGGUGUAUUCUUACAGAUGGCCAGUUUGAGACAGCUUUACCUGGACAACAAUAACAUCUCGCGCUUACCCGCAGACUUUAGCCGGCUCCUUUUCUUGCAGAGACUUGGUAUAGCUGGCAACCCCUGGAGGUGUGACUGUAGUUUACAGCAUGUAAUGAGUUGGGUGCGUACUAGUAGGAGCGAUUUUAUUACGAUUAGCGGUUCCCCUAGCUGCAGCUCCCCUCCCCACAUGGAAGGUAUUGAACUGACCGACGUCACAACAGACAGGGUUUGUAAUAGCCGUGGAGACUGCACCAUGGAAAAUGCAGAGGGCACUUGUGUUUGCAACGUCGUCCGGACUGGCCAAUAUUGUGAGGAAGAAGUUAACGUGGCCCUUCGAAAGAAUGCAACGCAGAGUCCCACCGACACAGUAUUUCAUGGAGCCGAGAAGGCUGUGGAUGGUGAUUAUCAUGAGUGCGCUUCAAUACGUUGGGGGGAACUUCCACCAUCAUGGAAGGUUGAUUUAGCAGGUUUCUACCAAGUUAGCCGGAUCAGCGUUCUUAGCAGGGCCUACCGGGGUAAGUUGUUACAGCAAAGAAGGUGA